CUUUCUGUCAGUUUGACUCUCUUCAUCUAACAUGCAGUUGCUGUAUUCUGUUUUGUUCCUGACCAUAAUUAUGGGUGUCAGUUGUGAAGACCUCACUCCACUCAAGAAAGAAGAGUACUGUUUAGAGGGAACCCCUGUUAUCCUAUCUUACAACUACUCCAGAAAAGCUACUGCUGGAGAUGAAUUCUAUUGGUAUCGACAGGACACAGCACAAAGGCCAGAGUUACUCCUGUACAUGUCAGGUUCAGAGUUUAUAAAGAAAGCAGAUCCUUUGAACACUCGAAUAUCUGCAAAACUGAACAAAGAGAAGACCCGUGUUGAUCUGGAGAUCUCCUCUGUUGAAGUGACAGACUCUGCUCUGUUCUACUGUGCUCAGCUGGUGCUUAUUCUACACAUCCUGCAAUCUACAAUGUUGUUCUGUUCUCUAUUACUCUUCUUUGACUUGAUAGGUGUCAGAUCUGAACAGGUAUUAACGCCCUACACUGAUGUAGAAGUGGCUUCAGAAAGGGACAGAGUUAAACUCUCUUGUAACUACUCCUCUGGUGACACUCUUCAAUGGUAUCGACAAUAUCCCAAAUCAGCACCACAGUUACUGGUUAUGGAGUAUGCGGAUAUUACACCAGGGUUCAGUCUAAAUCAUGACAAAAAAGAUAAACGUGUGGAUCUGGAGAUCUCCUCUGCUGAAGUGACAGACUCUGCUCUGUACUACUGUGCUCUGAGGCCCACAGUGACAGGAAACUCAGAAACACUGUACAAAAACCUAUAA